GCAUGGUCGGGCUCCUUCGUGGCUGUUCGACUUCGUUCCUGCGACGACUUCAUCCCGGAUCGGAAGUUACGACAUUUUGAUCGGAAGCAAGAACGGGAGCUCGCUGGCUGUGAAGCUAGUAGAUAGCGUAACAAUCGAGAACUCAGAAACCAGAGGCUAAUUUUGCGAGCAGAAGAUUCGCUUCUCAAACUGUACAGGCAUUUGUACUAUAAGUUGUCUCAUUUUUCUUGAUCCAAUUGGUUUAAGGAUUUGCAAGAGAUGGCUAAAGAUGAAGCAAUCCCACUAUCGCCUGGAAGGAAAACUAGAUCUUCAUCGCAGUUAUCGCCUUCCAAGCCGUCGCCCCAGAAUGUAUAUCCUUUCUCUUCACAGACCCAAUCCCAAGAACUAAUCCAUUGCUUGUACACCUCAGAAGAACCCAUCAGUUUGGAAACGCUAAUCUCAUCAUUUCCUGGAAGAAAGCCACAAAUUCUUGAGAUUCUGCGGCUAGUGGGCUCCUUGAACUCCCCCAUGUUCCCUCUCCUCAUCUAUGGAGGACCAUCAACUGGCAAGACCAUCGCCAUUCUUCAAAUUUUUCGUUAUCUCAAUCGCCCUUUUGUUUACGCUGGUUGUCGAACAUGCUACUCCCCACGAAUACUCUUUGAUUCCAUUCUGAGGCAAUUGCUUCUACACGGGAGGAAUCCCAUCAAAGGAAACAGUGGAACCAAGCGCUAUGAAAAGCCAUCAGAAUUCAUUGAUUUACUCAGAAUUGCUUUGGUUCAGGGGAUAAAUGCUCUUAAAGAAAGGAAUCUAAAAUCUGGCUCUGAGGAGGUUGAUAGAGGGGAAAUGAUUUACUUGAUAUUUGAUAACUGUGAGCUACUUCGCUCAUGGGACAAGAAUUCUAACAUUGUCCCUCUGCUUUUGCGAAUCCAUGAGAUGUUAAAAAUUCCCGAAGUUGGCAUAAUUUAUAUAAGUAGCUCUACUCCUGAUGCAUAUUAUUUGUGUACCGGUUCAAUUGAGCCGAUAACAAUCUACUUUCCUGACUAUACAUUGGAGGAUCUACAUGGUAUUUUCAUGAGGAAUCAACCUAACCCAAAGCUCUACUCAUCUUUUCUAAGUGUGGUUCUUAAGCCAUUCUUUAGAGUCACCAGACGAGUUGACGAGUUGUCAGUGGCAUUUCAACCUCUGUUUCAGCAAUACUGUAAACCUUUAGUUGAUCGUUUUGUUGUUCCAGAUGAGGCUAUGAAGAGAAAACUUUUUGAUAACCUUCAGCCAUACCUGACUGUAUCACUUAAUGAAUUGUUCACGGUUCCGAGCUGGUCUUCACAUCAAACUAAGCAGGAAGGAGAUCACCAAAAGAAGGGAAUUAGUAAGUCAAAUAGAAAGGAGACAUCUAAUGAGUUGGAUUUUCAUAUGUCCAUGUCAGCAAAGUAUCUGCUCCUCUCUGCAUUUAUUGCUUCAAGAAAUCCUGCUACUCUCGAUGCAUCUUUAUUUGACUCAUCAGGAGGUUUAAUCAAUCGGAAACGAAAUAAGAAUUCACAGAUGUCAAUGGAUCGGAAGGAUAGCAUGGCUGAACAAAUACUAUUGAAGGGACCUGGUAGCUUCCCACUCGAGAGGUUGCUAGCAAUUUUUCAAUGCAUUACGUCAGUUGCUGAGAGUAUGGUUGAAGAAGAGCAGUAUGAAAAUGGCACUGCCAUUGAAAGUGAGAGUUUUGGGUUGACAUCUGAUGUUCUAUUGCAAUUGUCUUCUCUCUGCAAUGCCAAUUUUAUAUGGAAAAGUGGUAGCUGCCCUUUAGAAGGUUCUACUAGAUACCGAUGUACUAUUGAUGAAGAAAUGGCUGUAAGGGUUGCAAAAAGUAUAAACUUCCCUCUAUCGAGUUACCUUUAUAGAAGAUAGUUUUGGGAGUGAACAUCAUGCACUGGUUUCUUGUAACGUUUAUCUGCAAGAUUGGAAACUUGAAAUGGUUAGAUGGGGAAAGGUAUAUGCUUUCAGAAUGCACUCGAGCAAAUUUUAAUGGUGCUACAAGUUUGAAGGCAUGCAGCAUCCUUUACAAACUCGUACAUGUUUUGUUGGCGAGUUAUCAACUCCACAUAAUAUCAGUUUCCUUUAUUUGACGCCUUAAUUUGUUUCCAAGUUAAACAUUGUUAGUUGUAAGUGGGCUAACAAUAACAUUACAAGUUUUGUGUCAUUCAUGUGUGAGUCAUGGUGUCCCCUGGAGGUUUCAUAUCAGCACAUCCUCUUCAAUUUUAUAUUUCACUUGAAGGUGAAUUAUGUCGAAAAUUUCAUCCGCCACAUGUCCUUUAUUCAUUCAAUAGCUUGUUGCAAUUUUCUAUUUAUGUGUAUUUUUACUUUGAACAUUUACUUAUCUUUAGUUCCCUGUUUGGUAGUUUAA